UUCGUUUAGUAACGGUUCGUUUACUUAUCUCACUGUAUCUCAAAAGAAAGUUAGUUGCCAUUCUUCAAAGAAGGUGAUAAUUUACCGUUAGCAGGAUUACGGAUAGUUCUAAGUGAUAUAAUGGUUUGAUUAACCGUCCAGAGAAUCGCUUAAUUAUUUAAUAUUUAAACUCUGCACAUUAUUUAUUAAAAAAGUUUACCAUCAUGAAAGCAAAUUUCAGCGCACAACCGGAAAAGUGCACAUAUUUAGGCUUUGAUCUGAGCACACAAAAGCUUAAAGCCGUACAAUUAAAUUCUUGCCUAGAUGUAGUAGUCGCAACGGCCGAAGUACAGUUUGAUUCCGAUCUACCAGAAUUUCGUACUGUAAACGGUGCUAUAACUGGCCCUAAGAAGAACGAAUUUUUUGGGCAGCCUGUCAUGUGGAUUAAGGCAGUUGAUAUUAUCAUGGAUCGUUUAGUAGUGAAUGGGGGUGAUCUAAGCUCCGUUGGAGCUAUAGGUGGUUCAGCUCAACAACACGGUUCCGUGUACUGGUCUCGCCAAGGUGUGGAAGCAUUAAGAACUCUUGAUCCUGGUAAAUUUCUGCAUAUGCAAAUUGAUGAUACAGCUUUUGUGCUGAAUAAAACUCCAAUUUGGAUGGAUGGAUCAACUCAAAAUCAGUGUUCUGAAAUGGAAAUGGCUAUAGGGGGAAGUAAGGAAAUGGUUCGCAUAACAGGUAGUAGAUGUUUCCCACGUUUUACAGGACCUCAAAUACGUAAAGUAUAUCAACAACAUGCGCGUGCGUAUGAGGACACACAACGCAUAUCAUUAAUAAGCAGUUUCUUGGCGUCAAUAUUUAUCGGGGAUGUGGCACCAAUUGACUAUGCAGAUGGAUCGGGUAUGAAUUUAUUUGAUAUUAAAGCGAAAACAUGGUCCAAAGCUUGCCUUAAUGCAUGUGCGCCUGAUUUAGAGGAACGUUUAUCUGCUCCAGUUAAGACAAAUUCAUUCAUUGGCACUAUCUGUGACUUUUUCGUUCAAAGGUUUGGCAUGCCAGCCAAUUGCAAAGUCUGUGCUUUUACGGGAGAUAAUCCUUCUUCUUUAUCUGGUAUGUUGGUGGAAAAAAACUGGCUUGCCGUUUCAUUGGGCACAAGUGAUACAGUUAUGAUGACGUUGAAACAGCAGGCUUUACUUGAAGAUGCCCACGUUCUAUGUCACCCAACCGAAGAUAAUCUGUUCAUGGGCCUUUUAUGCUUUCGGAAUAGUUCCUUGGUGAGAGAUGGCAUGAAACGUUCAGAAGCUACAGACAAUUGGAAUACUUUUAAUGAAUUGCUUGAUUCAACACCUCGAGGCAAUUAUGGUAACAUGGCUUUGCAUUUUCCUACUAAAGAAAUCGUACCGUCUGUGAAGGGGACAUUACGCUGGAAUAAGGAUAUCAAUGCAGUAUCAACGACUGCCUCCACCGGCGUUCUGAAGUUCUCGUCUCCUCAAACAGAAAUUCGAGCUUUAAUUGAAGGCCAAAUGCUGCACCGCCUAAGCGUUGCUAUUGACAUGGGCUUCAAUUUUGGCGCAAAUACGAAAAUUAUUGCCACUGGUGGAGCAUCGAUAAAUAAAUCUAUUCUUCAAGUGAUAGCUGAUGUUUUUAAUUCCCCCGUUUAUGUGCAGAAAACCAGCAGCGAAGCUGCAUUACUGGGCGCGGCAUACCGUGCUGGAUACAUGCAUUACUUAGAGCGUUGUACAGAUGAUUCUCCUUUAAGUUAUAGUGAUUUCAUUUCACCAUAUAUUCUGAAUCAUUUGACGCACAUGUGCCAACCGAGUAAAGAUAGUAAUGGCAUAUAUACACCGAUGUUGGAGCGGAUUCGGUCAAUGAUCCAGAUCUUACAAAAGACCAAUUAAGAGCGUUAAUGUGCAAAAAUCAUGGAUUUCCAACACAUUAAUAUCGCCACAUCGCAUUCCUAUUUGAUAUUGCUUUUGAUAAAAUUAUUUUAAGAAACGUGCAAUCU